UCAAUAAGAUACACCUUGAAUUAAUGCGUUUAAAAUUUGAAGUCUGAAAGUGAAUACAAAUGCGAAACGCGAUGGCGUCCGUCAACUCGAUAAAUAUUCACGAAAUAAACAUCCCAAAUCUGGAAAAAAUUGAAAACUUUUUCAAUGACUCCGCGUACAAGGAAGCGAUCGAGAACAGUGAAACAUUCAACACUCGUUUGUGCAUCGAGAGACGGCUGCGGAUGCCAUUUUUGGAUCCGCAAACUGGAGUUGCUCAAUAUCAUAGCAGCUUGUUCUUCCGAUCCAGGCAAAGGAUUCCAGGGUUGAAGGAAGGACAAAUCUACAGCUAUCCUUCGGCACGAUGGAGAAAAUCACGGCGACAGUAUUUGAUGCAAAAACCUCAGCCGCCUUUUCCUGUUUACACUCACAGACCUUUUGGACAUUUACAAAGUUCGUAUGAUUCGGAAAAUUCCAAUCUCGACUCCACUGCCGCCGUUGCCAGCAUUAUUGAGCCGGAAGCAAAGGACCACAAGGAUGAUCCGGGCAAAGAAUGGUAUUAUGACGAGAUGGAUAUGCAUGAGAUGGAAUCUUACGAUGAUCAUGAUUUGCCGGAUUCUGACUGCGAUUUUGAAGAGAGCUAUAGCAACCGAAAAAAGAAGGGAAAAAGUAGCAAGGGCGGAUCCGGAUCAUCAAAAAGCAAAACUAGCAGUAUUAAUGAUUCAAACCCUCAAAAGAGAGGACGCACUCCUGGAGGAAGAGGGCGUGGAAGAAAAUCGCAGGGCGUUGGUGAUAGCCCGACAACACCGAAGGAUACCGGCGAAAAUGUCAAGAAGAACCGAUCUCAAACGCUUCCCCACUUGACUCCACAAACAAGUUCGUCUCCCUUGACGGUUCCUUCGGCCGAUGAGCCAUCCAUGCCAGUAUUGGUACCUGAAACUAAAGUCCCAGAAGAGCCUGAAGAGGUACCGCCAUCAGUGAAGCCGGGAAUGUCUGCUGGUGGUAGCAAUGUAUCAUCCAAUGCGGCAUCUCCUGUGCCUCCAAUAGAGAAAGGUCGUGCAAUUCCGUCGCCGUACUGUGACUUUUGUUUGGGUGAUGCUCGUGAGAACAAAAAAACGCUCGAACCGGAAGAACUCGUAUCUUGUUCGGAUUGUGGUCGCUCAGGACAUCCUACUUGUUUGCAAUUCACUGCUAAUAUGAUAAUAUCGGUUCGAAAGUACCGUUGGCAGUGCAUAGAAUGUAAAUAUUGUACCAUCUGCGGAACGUCGGAUAAUGACGAUCAGUUGCUGUUCUGCGACGACUGCGAUCGUGGCUAUCACAUGUAUUGCUUGUCGCCUCCUCUCAUUUCUCCACCGGAAGGAUCGUGGAGCUGUAAAUUAUGUACAGAAGAGUUCCACAAAAAGUAGGCUAUCAAGAUUACAUUGAAGGGUUCUGGCAGCAUGACAUGUUUUGAUUACUGAAACGUAAUUAUGUAUCUGUUUUCCUACAACUGACGAAUAUAUUCGCUAAAUAUGAAGGUAUUGCUACCCGGUAAGUAAGAUUUGCUUCUAAACCUAAGACAAGUAUGGCAGUAAUGGCAGAUAAUAAUUGAUUCAUUGUGUGUGAUGCUUUUAUAGUUCGGUGUAGUUACAAAUCUUAUACAUACACACUCAGAAUAAACCAUGAUAAAUAAAUAAUGCAUUGUUUGAAUUCUAUUCAUUCAAACUAUAUAUAGAUAA